AUGGCGUUUGUUAUCGCUGAAAUGAUGUCUGGUCUGUGCCAUCUUGAUAUCAAUGGACACAAGCUUACUGAUAUUGGUUUACUAACCAUUCUUCGUCGAUGUCAUUAUCUCAAAUUGAGUGAAAUUAGCAAGCCAAAAACUACAAAUAAAGGGCUAAAUGGUAGAACCGUCUCACGUGUUUCUCAACACCAAGCGGAACAAACAACUGUACGCAUGAAGAAGAAGAAUCCAUUGUUUCUACCUCAUGAUUUGAUCAUCCAAAUACGGCUAAUGUUACCGGUGAAUUCUCUUAUUCGUUUCAAAUGCGUUUGUAAGUCUUGGUUUUCUCUAAUCUCUCAUAAUACCGAGUUUGCAAAUUCUAACUUGGAACUCACCUCUACAACACAUACUCGUAGAAUUAUGCUCAUAUUAACUCCACCUCCUAAAACUCAAUCUGUAGAUAUAGAACUACCACUUUACGCUUCUGCUUCAAUGAACAAUAAUUUUUUGUGUCCACAAUCUUAUUUCGAUAUUGGAAUUAAAGGUUCGUGUAGAGGGUUUAUACUUUUGCAUUGUGGUGCAUGCUUCUACCUAUGGAAUCCAUCCAUCGGACAUCACAAACAAAUACCUUUGUCUCCUAUUGAUUAUAUUUUUAAUUUAUAUGGUUUUGGGUAUGAUCACUCAACAAAUGAUUAUUUAGUGGUUUCAAUUUCCCGUGAUCAAAUUCCAUACUCAGAUGAUGUUCUAUCUCACUUGUGGCUUUUCUUAUUGAGAGCUACUGUGUGGAAGGAAAUUGCAUGUACAACCCAUUUGCCUUUUUAUACUAAUGUCUCUUCCUUGGUUCGACAAGUAGAGUCGUUCUUCAAUGGGGCUAUUCACUGGUUGGCUCUUCGUCAUGAUAUAUAUGACCAUGUUAUUGUUGCCUUUCAUUUAACGGAAAGGAAACUUCUAGAGAUUCUUCUUCCAAUUGAUAUUAAUUAUAAUUCCAAAGGUUGUGGUUUUUGGGUAUUUAGAGGAUUUCUCAGUCUAUGGAUUUUGAGGGACGAUAAUGUUGAUAUAUGGGUGAUGAAAGAAUACAAAGUGCAUUCAUCUUGGACUAAGAUUCUUGUUCUUCCUAUUUAUGAUGACAUUCCCUACUUUUGCCCUUUAUCCUAUACAAAAAAUGGUGAUAUUAUUGGAACAGAUGGUGGUACCGGAUUGGUGAAAUAUAACGACAAAGGGGAGUUUCUAGAGCAUAACUCCUAUUGUGAAGAUGCACAUGGAUUUCGAUUGGCUAUGUAUACAGAGUCAUUGCUUUCACUCCCCAAUGACAAGCUGACAAUGACCAAGCUUAAGAAGACGAGCAAACAAGAAGAAUAA